UGUUCUACUGUUUUUAACCCUUUACCUAAACUGUUUAUACCUUUGUUAUGAUGGUACAGUAUGUUAUGUUUGUUCUACUGUUUUUAACCCUUUACCUAAACUGUUAGUAACUUUGUUAUGAUGGUACAGUAUGUUAUGUUUGUUUUACUGUUUUUAACCCUUUACCAAAACUGUUAGUUACUGUGUUAUGAUGGUACAGUAUGUUAUGUUUGUUUUACUGUUUUUAACCCUUUACCAAAACUGUUAGUUACUGUUUUAUGAUGGUACAGUGUGUUAUGUUUGUUUUACUGUUUCAACCCUUUACCUAAACUGUUAGUAACUUUGUUAUGAUGGUACAGUAUGUUAUGUUUGUUUUACUGUUUCAACCCUUUACCUAAACUGUUAGUAACUUUGUUAUGAUGGUACAGUAUGUUAUGUUUGUUUUACUGUUUCAACCCUUUACCAAAACUGUUUAUACCUUUGUUAUGAUGGUGCUUCUUUUAAAAGAGGACAUGCUCAUAAUCAAAAGAAUAUCUUGGAAGCAUUCAGGAAUAUACCAGUGCUUUGCUACUAAUCAACUGGACACAACAUGGGCUUCUUGUGUUGUGACCGUGACAGAAAGGAAUGGCACCACAUUGCACCAUGACUUGUUAUAUGAUGUUGACACCACUGAAGGCAAUCUUCCAGGUCUUGAUGAAGAUGAUGGUAGUGAAGCUUUGGAAAAAAACUAUGCUAUGCUAGUUCCGCCGAGCAGACCAGAUCUGACUCCUCUGUCAGACGAUUCAGUAAUGGUACGAUGGACUGUACAUCAUAAUGACGGGCUUCCCAUCCUCUUUUUUAAAGUCCAGUACAAAAUCUCUGGAGGUCACUGGAUGACAAUUGAUGAAGACAUAGCACCUCACAUCCACUCGUAUGCUGUAACAGAACUUGAGCCAGGUACCUCGUACAGGUUCAGGAUAGCAGCAGUUUAUUCAAAUUACGACAAUAAUCAUGGACCAAGUUCUUCAUACAUGCUUUCUAAGGACCCCCCUAUGAAGAAACCUGUUAUCGGUCCCAUCAUAUUACUCGCUAAGACAGAAAGUCCGUCGGCCAUUACAAUACAGUGGGUG